UCGAAUAUUUCUUUCUGGAAUGAUUUUCUGAGUACAUUUUUGACAAAAGUUUUUGUUUUCAUUUGAUUGCGUCGUAGUUUGCAACACGAAAGAAAAAUCUUUCAAAUUUAAUCACAUUCGAAAAUGACAUUAGAAUUUCCUGGACAAACUGCUUUGGUAACUGGUGCUGGUCGUGGAAUUGGCCGGGAAAUUGUUCGACAAUUAGCAACAAGAAAUGUUAAAGUUAUUGCCAUUUGUCGUACUUGUACGGAUUUGGAUUCAUUGAAAAAAGAACUACCAAAUAUUGAAACAAUUGCAUUGGAUUUACGUGAUUGGAAUCAAACACGUAAAACAUUAGAACCAUUUUCCGAACAAAUCGAUAUGAUUGUUAAUAAUGCUGCUUAUGCUAAAUGUACACCAUUGGGUGAAAUAACCGAACAAGAAUGUGAUGAUCAUUAUUCAUUAAAUGUUAAAGCUAUUAUUAAUGUAACACAAUGUGUAACAAAUGGAAUGAAACAAAAACGUUCCGGUUCGAUUGUUAAUGUAUCCAGUUUAGCCGGUUUAGUUGGCCUAAAAGAUCAUUUAGUUUAUGGUUCAACAAAAGCAGCUGUUGAUUUGAUGACAAAAAUUAUGGCAUUAGAACUUGGACCAUAUAAUAUACGUGUAAAUUCAAUUAAUCCAGGUGUAACAAACACAGAAAUGGCUAAAGUUGGUUGGAGUGAUCCUGAACGACGUGAUUGGAUGUUAUCACAAUGUCCAUUGGGUCGAUUUAAUGAACCUGAUGAAGUAGCUAAAGCUAUUCUUUUCUUAUUAAGCAAACAAUCUGAACCAAUCAAUGGUAUUAAUCUGCCAAUUGAUGGUGGAAUUUGUACAACUAAAAUGUGAAAACAAAAUGUGAAAACAAAAUGUUUUUGCUUUGUUUCAAUCAAAUUUAAUUCUUGUGAAAGAAAAAAACAGAAUUUUUUUCUCUCUUUAAACAAUAAAAAAUUAAUCGAUC